AUGGAAUUAGCUAGAGAUGAAGAUGCACACGUCGCUAAGGUGCUACUUGCAUUGUUAUUAGUAGAACCAAACCGCUGCGUAGCAGUAGAAACAGGCGUGGUAGUAGCAGCAGUGGAAGCCGUGGUCGCCACGAACUCCACCUCGACCUCAACCGCGGAGCGAGCCCUCGCAGCGCUGGAGCUAAUGUGCACGAUUGAGAAGGGAGCAGCAGAGGUCCGCGCUCACGCGCUGGCCGCCCUCGCGAUGGGCGAAGCUAUCGAGAACAUGCAGGGGCACGGGAGGGAGUGCGCGAUUGGAGUGCUGGCGGCUGUCUACGGAGGCAGCGGUGAUCAAGCGAAGGAUGCACCGGAGGAGGUGAUAAGGGCGGUGAUGAUGGCAAUGCAGGGGGAGUGCAGUUUAAGGUGGAGGAGGAAGGGGGUGUUUUGUUGA